AUGAACAUAUCUCGUCCGUUCUCACCAUGGUCAAUGCGCUUCUGGGAAGCCCUUACAUGCAUCAAACGGACAAGCGGUUCUCGUGUUACAGCACCAUCCUUCCAACAACCAUUUACAUGUGACUUGUUCAUGUCAUAUCUCGCCGACCGACGCACAGAUUGCUCUCAUCCCUUUUGCGCUGGGACGCCCUCGUUCACACCUUUCUUUGGACUCCCUGAACUCGCCAAACGGCCACGUAUUGGCUGCGCUUCGCCUAGUUCAGCCUGGUAUGACCAAGAUGAACAUGUUUCAUCCGUUCUCGGCGAGAUCCUCGUCGCCCCUUUCGUUCUUUGUUUCUGGGUAUUACCUCUCUAUCUCGACAACCACGGCUCAUCACGAUACGCGAAUUAUACCGUUGGAAAGGCGUCGUUCGAAAGUUACGAACGACACCUCCCAUUUCUCCCCCCCUUCAUCACUCCCCCUCCCAUCACUCCCCUUUCAUCCAUUCCCACCCCUCCCUCCAUCACUCCCUCUCUCCUCCAUCACUCCCUACACCCUCCCCCCUCCAUCACUUCCCCUGUCUUCCUCCUCCCUUAA